AUAUCAAUUUUGAUUUAUCUAAAAUUUAUAAUAACAUGUAAUUGCAUUAUAAAGAAGGAACAAACAAUUGAUUUUGAUAAUCUUAUACACUUUAUUUAUAUAAAUAGUACAUACAAUUUACAACAACCAUAAUUAUGUCAAAACGUAUUAGACUACUUGCUAUGAAGAACAAAUCAAAAACAAGUAAUGGUAAAGAUAGCGAUGAAAAUAAAAAAGAGGUAUUUACAGCCCGGGGUCGUCUAAAAGGCGCCUUGAUGGAGGUUCUCGGUGAUGAAUCUGAUGGUUCAACAGGAAGCCCUGUAAAGCGAAGACGUCGGAGUAGCUAUGACCAGCGUAGAGAUUAUUCAUCGGAUGAUGAUGAGAGACAUAGAAGAAAACAAUCUCCAGCGCGACAAUCUUAUGUGUUGAAACUGUUUGACAGGAGUGUUGACUUGUCACAGUUCAAUGAAGACUCUCCGUUAUAUCCAAUCUGUAGAGCCUGGAUUGCUAAUCAACCAAAGGCUGAUUAUAGUGAAUUUGGGAAAAGUUUUCCCGAACCAGAGUCAUUAGAGGAUACCAUAGAACUACCAGAACCUGAAGGACCUCCUGUAUCAAGAAUACCAGAUCUAACACCAGAACAGAAACUGUGCAAUAAAGAUAAAAUCAAUUUGAACUAUCGUGAAGCUCCACCACCUACUAAAGAGAAACUUUUAGAAGAAUAUACAAGGCGUUGGAAUGGCAUCCGGUUAGCAUGGCUCGCUCAGGGUGCUAAAGUAGAGGCGCGUUAUGCUGAGACACAACAUGUACUCAACAAGAUCAAUGUGAAUGCCCUAUAAUUUGUAUUAUAGAUAUUUGACUUCUCAUAUAAAACAAGCUACAGUACAUGGACACAGCGCUUAUGUUCAGGGUAAUUUUAGAUCUUCGACCGUCCAGGGGAAGAAAACGACGUCACAGAUCGAAUAACUCUCAUAUAAGCCACUUCUUGCAAAAAUUACGUCCAGGAUGGUAGUAUUAAAACUGGUAAUUGGAGAAACAAAAGGCAAAGUACACUUUGAUAUUUGUUGUCUUUGUUUCUUAAAAGUAGAAGAGAGAGAUAAUAAUAUAAUUAAUGUGUGUGAAUUUGACAGUAAAUUGAUCAUUGAGUACUUAAGAUUUACAACCCUGAUGAAACAUUCCUUUCAAAUCAACUAUCAUUUAUUAAGAAUAAGAUUAAAGUGUUUUAUUAUAUUGUCAAAGUGUUGCUAGAAAAAUAUUUACUACAGUACAGUUAGUUGCAAAGAAAUAGGGGCAUGUAAAGUGUCAUUAAGGUACAAGACUAUUUGCUGUAAGUUUUAUUAUUCAAGUGCGGACAAUUUAUUUAAAAUAUUUAAGAAAAAUC